AUGUAUUUGCGGAACCCCUUAGAAAAACCAACCAAAACCGACCAGCACACUUUGCUGUGUGUGUCCCUGCUGUGUUGCGCUCUGCUACGGCGGCCGGCCCUUCGGUGCUUAACACGAGAGCGCACAACGUGUGAGGCGGCUGCUAAGAGCAACGGCGUCACGACGAGGGGCUGGAGCUCCUCGGGAUUUGCUACGCCGGGGGGCGAUGCCGGUGCGGCCGAGAUGCCGGGCCUGCCGUCCGCGUUUCCGUGGCGAGAAGCCACGGAUAAUCGGGGCAUGAGGGGGCUCGUGGAGCGGGCGAUGUACUCGGUGAUGCAGCACCAGCACCGGAGGUUCUUGCGCGCUGCUACCAAGCUGGAUGAUGCCGAUGAUGAUGCCUUUCUGGCGACGUGCCGCAGAAAUGGCGUUCGUCCAGGUGGCCGCCGGGGUCUUCCAGAUGCCAGCGCAUCAGGUUAUCGCACCCCUCACCAACGGGGAGGGAGGCGAAGGAAAGGCGUCUUUGGAAUCGGGGGGCCGAGGGAAGAGAAGGCAUGCGUGUAUCCAACCCUUUACCCAGGGGAUGGGCUGCCGGUGUGGGAUAUUCCAGAAGGGGCCUUGGUCGAUCCGCGCGACGUCAUGCACAAGGAUCUCGCAGAGUUUUACGUACAGGCCGCCGUGGCGGCAAAGGUGUCGAGGAGCACGCCGUUCUACCGGCUGCACGGGUUCACCUCCUGCGAAAUUUCGAACGUCAACGUGCUGUGGGGUGCUCAGCGAGGCGACCUGCCGGAAGAAGGAGAGACGAUCGAAAUCUGGGGUUCCAAGUACGUGCUGAAGUCGGUGCUCGAGGACAUCAAGGCGAUAUCCAGAUAUCGCGUGAACAAGGACCGAGCCGGUCUCGACAAGCCCUUGUCCUCGAUCCGGAAGACCACGGUGCAGGUGGACGUGGACAUCGGCUGUACCGAGACGUUCUUCGUCUCCGACAAUCGGACGGAGGAGGUGGUGGAUUUAGACAACUGGAUGAAGGGCAACACGUUCUGGUGA